CAAGCAGCACGCGCUUGUCUUGUCGCCUAGCAACCCGUCCGCUUCAGCCUGGCUGCCCGCUGCAGGUGUGUGAGAGGAGAAGCGGGGAGUAAUGGCGGACCGAGGCCUGGAGAAAGCCGACAUCGCUGCACUCAGCCCUGAACAGCAGGAACAGUUGCGCCAGUUUAAGAUCAAGACAAGAAUAGCGAAUGAAAAGUAUCUGAGAGCUCAUCCAGAAGUGGAAAUGCUGCUGAGUGAUUUUCUAAGAGAUGUGUUUGUUAAAAGACCUACAGAUAUCCGUGAAUUUGCUGCAGAUCAUUUCAGUGAUCCAGACCUACCAAGGAAAAUUCAGAUGAAAUUGGAAGAGAAGGCUUCAGUGAAAAUAUGAAGAGGUCUUAAAAUAUAUGUCCCAUAAAACAAUGAAAACACAUUACUUUUAUUUAGCAUGAUAGCAUUUGCUACUUGGAGCUAUUAUGUAAUAGGGUUUUAUCAGGGGAGAAGACUCUGGCUCUUUUGUUAAAUGAGACUAUGGGGAUGUAAAAACUAUGGAGAUGAAUGUCAACUCCACUGAACUGAACAAAAUACCACAAUCAAGUGUUACAUCAAGUCACAUCCGCUGGAUAGGAGAGGACACAAAUUCUAAAAGCAUUUUUCUUUCUAUUAAAACAUUAUCCCACUAUUUUGAACAAGUGCUAUCAUCAAUCUGAGAUGUUAUUGUCUAAACACAGUUAGGCAUAAAUUUGUAACAGUCUGGAAUACAGAAAGUGCAUACCUUCAUCUCCAUGGUUUUUGAAAUACGUUGUUAAGAUACACUUUUUCCACAUAAACGUGAAUGGCAAAAGUUACCAUAUGGUUUGCUAAUAUCAUAUAUGAGAUCAGAAUUUUCCAUGCGGAAUUACUGGCACCCCAUAAAUGAGCAAAAAUGCAUAAAUAAAUAGAAAAUAAGUGAUA